UAAUAUGGAUUACUUCAACAUUCGGAAUGAAAAGUAAAAGUACUUCGGUUCAAAAUUUUGGAAAUUUCGUCGAACAAAUGAUUGAUGAAGCAUUAGAAAAUAAUGAGCAAAUGAUACAGUUCCAUCGAAUGAUCUAUGAGAAAUGGAAUAUCAAUAAAUUAUCCAAAUUAGAGAAUACCGAAUGGAUGCGAAAUGAAAAUAAAUCGUUAGAAUCAAAUAAACAGAACAUAUCGGCAACGGUCGCGCAUCGUAGAUCACGCCGUCACAAAUAUAAACGAUCCUCCUUAAUGAUCUUUCGUAAAAUACCUACGAGUGAAAGGAACUUGAUAGAGCAAUCGUUAACGACGCAAGCACACAACUCAGUUUCAAUCGUCAAUAAACAAACUACUACUACUAACAAAAGCGACAAUUUCAAUGAACUAAAUGACAUUAAUUUCCCUUCGAUUAUUAGUGAUACUAAAAUUGUCGAACUUUGGAAGAAUUCGACAAAACGAGCGACGGAUAAAUUACAAAUUGCGACAAAUAAUGUUCUCGCGAAAGCCUGUAAACCUGAUCGUAUCCACGGGUUAUUAUUUCUUGAAUAAAAUUUCUUCAAAUAUAUUUAUAUAUUUUUAGAGAAUUUUAAUAAUAUAUAUAUAUGUAUAUAUAUAUAUUUGCUUAAAAAAUAAAAUACAGAUUAGUCAAGCAACAACAAAGUAGGAGAAAGUUAUCCUUCGAAGACUGGAAAGAUAAAAAGACCGUUAUAUAUCAGCAGAUGCUUAAAAAAAUAGAAACCGAACGGCAGCAGAAGUUACUUGAAAAUUUGGCAAAUAUGAAAUGGAAAAAAGUAAUACGGCAGGUGUAGAUUAUAAUCCAUUCUAUAAUUUUUUUCAAGUUUCCUGUAAUAUUAUUAAACAAAUUUAUUUAUUUAUUUAACAAUUUUAGUUAUUUAUUUAUUUAUUUUUGUUUUUUACUUAGGCACAAAUACGCAAAAAGCAGGAAGAUAAAUAUCGUCAAAAACAGAAAUUAUUUCGUAGAAAACACGUUGAAACGAUUAAACGAACAGAUGCGAUAGUAAAAUCUAAUUGUGAUAGCAUCCAUGAAGCACAAAUUAUCAAUGAAUGUGUUUUGUAUACGCCGAAAAAUCAAAAAGAAAUAAAAUUAGAUAAAGAAAAGAGAAUCGCAUCGAAUAUUAUGCAGUAAAAUCUUUUAGAUAUAAUAUCUACUCCAUUACAAAAAGAGGAGAUAAGGGGAAGAUGAAAAAGAAAUGAUUUUUGUACUUUUCAGGGAAUCAAAACUGAAUAGUGCAGCAAGUAACGGUCGAAAGAAUAAAACAGUUUUGAUGGAGGAUUCUAUGGAAAACAUUAAAUUCUAUUUUUGGUUAAAUCAAUUGAAUUGUGCUCUUCAUAAGAAGUAUUUACGCGAACGCCGACAUCUUGUACGAUCAUUUUAUUGUCAACCUUUCUAUUAUGGGAGUGCAACACCUUAUAUCAAAUAAUUAUGAUUAUAAACGCAUAUUUCAAAUCUUUUAUGUCAUUCGUCUAUGGAAAAUGUACUGGUGAAAUUACAUAUAAAACUUCAAA